GUGAAGAAAUGGCAGGACGCAGAUCGACGCUGUCGAAUGCGGCGGACUCGCUGCCGGGAUCUGGCGGCUGCGGCGGCGGCGGCGGCGGAGGCGGAGGAGCAGGAGGAGGCUGCAGCGGCGGUGAUCCGCUACGUGAACUCUUUGAAGCCUGCAAGACCGGCGAUCUCGCCAAGGUGAAGGCGUUGGUCAACCCGAAGACGGUCAACGCCCGCGACACUGCCGGACGCAAGUCCACCCCCCUGCACUUUGCAGCUGGAUAUGGUAGGAAAGACGUUGUAGAAUUCCUCCUAUCCGCUGGUGCAUCAAUUCAAGCACGUGAUGAUGGUGGUCUACAUCCAUUACAUAAUGCAUGCUCCUUUGGACAUUGCGAUGUUGUAAGAUUACUCUUGGAAGCAGGAGCAAGUCCAAAUACGAGGGAUAAUUGGAAUUUCACGCCUUUGCAUGAGGCGGCGAUCAAGGGUAAAAUAGACGUAUGUAUUACUCUGCUACAGCACGGAGCAGAUGUAAACAUUAGGAAUACAGAAGGAAAGACUGCAUUAGAAGUAGCUGAUGCCUCUACUAAACCAGUACUAACAGGAGAAUAUAGAAAAGAUGAACUCUUAGAAGCUGCUAGAUCCGGGAAUGAAGAACGAUUGUUGCAGCUAUUAAAUCCCCUUAAUGUCAAUUGUCAUGCAAGUGACGGAAGAAGAUCUACGCCCUUACAUUUAGCGGCUGGAUAUAACAGAUCUAGGGUCGUACAGAUUCUUCUUCAGAACGGCGCAGAUGUGCAUGCCAAGGACAAAGGAGGUCUUGUCCCGCUUCAUAACGCUUGCUCAUACGGCCACUUUGAAGUAACCGAGGCGCUUCUAAAACAUGGUGCCGCCGUUAAUGCCAGUGAUCUUUGGACAUUUACUCCGUUGCAUGAAGCCGCAAGUAAAUCCAGAGCAGAGGUUUGUUCUUUGCUGUUAAGUGAAGGUGCGGAUCCAACGCAAUUGAACUGCCAUAGUAAGAGCGCUAUCGACGUAGCACCGACUCUCGAAUUACAAGAAAGACUAGCAUACGAAUAUAAGGGGCAUUGUCUAUUGGACGCCUGCAGACAAGCAGAUCUUACUAAGCUGAAAAAGUAUCUGUCUCAAGAAAUUGUUAAUUUUAAACAUCCUUAUACCGGCGACACACCGAUGCAUUGCGCAGUGGCAUCACCGUACCCGAAGCGAAAGCAAGUUAUCGAGGCCUUGAUUCGAAAAAACGCUGCCAUGAAUGAAAAGAACAAAGAUUUCCUUACGCCACUUCACGUGGCAACUGAUCAUUCGCAUUACGACGCGAUGGACAUAUUGUUACGGCAUAAUGCAAAGGUCAACGCGCUCGAUGGCUUAGGACAAACCGCACUACACAGGUGUGCUAGAGAGGAUAAUGUACAAGCUUGCAGAAUACUUUUAUCGUACAACAUCGACCCUUCAAUAGUGUCUCUUCAAGGAUAUACCGCGGCACAAAUUUCCGCCGAGAACGUAUUGAAAAUAUUGCAAGAUCCACCGAAUGGAACUGAUGAUGUGGAAGCGCAACUCUUGGAAGCAAGCAAAUCGGGUGAUCUUGCUGCGGUAGAAAGAAUCUUGCAAGCCAAUCCACAUGCUGUGAAUUGUCGCGAUUUGGACGGGAGACACUCGACUCCGCUGCACUUUGCAGCGGGUUUUAAUAGAGUGCCGGUUGUAGAAUAUCUAUUAGCUCAUGGCGCAGAUGUUCAUGCCAAAGAUAAAGGUGGGUUGGUUCCUCUCCACAAUGCCUGCUCAUAUGGUCAUUAUGAGGUUACGGAAUUAUUGGUAAAACACGGAGCGUCCGUGAAUGUUGCCGAUCUGUGGAAAUUCACACCCCUGCAUGAAGCUGCCGCCAAGGGCAAGUACGAGAUAGUUCGAUUAUUGUUGAGACAUGGAGCAGAUGCCACUAAAAAGAAUAGAGACGGUGCAACGCCAUUAGACUUAGUAAGAGACGGUGAUCAGGAUGUAGCCGAUCUUUUACGUGGAAAUAGCGCCCUUCUGGAUGCAGCAAAGAAAGGCAAUUUAGCUAGAGUUCAGAGAUUAGUUACACAAGACAAUAUUAACUGCCGAGAUGCGCAAGGGCGUAAUAGUACUCCGCUACAUUUGGCCGCGGGGUAUAAUAAUUUGGAAGUGGCUGAAUUCUUGCUUGAACGUGGAGCUGAUGUAAAUGCGCAAGAUAAAGGCGGCCUUAUUCCUCUACAUAACGCGUCGAGUUAUGGCCAUUUAGACAUCGCAGCCUUACUCAUCAAAUAUAAUACUGUAGUGAAUGCGACUGACAAAUGGGGAUUCACGCCGCUUCAUGAAGCGGCACAAAAAGGUCGAACGCAACUGUGUGCUCUUCUACUUGCUCACGGUGCUGAUCCCUUUUUAAAAAAUCAAGAAGGGCAAACCCCUGUAGAUCUAGCUAGUGCGGACGACGUGAGAUGUUUGUUGCAAGAUGCCAUGGCUUCUCAGCAAAUCGUUCCAUCGGUACCGUCAGGCAACAUGGUAAACAAUGCUGUUGGCAGUUCUGUUAACAGUAGGCCACCUAGUAUCGUAUCUGUUCCUGUUACACCGCCACCACCUCUCACACAAGAAACAGUCAUUAUGCCAUCUGGCGCAGCCAUGACUCUGUGUGUGCCAUUGGCUCGUCCGACGUCGUGUCUAAGUCCGAUGCCGCCGAACGAGCCAUGCUCUGAAAAAGAAUCCAAAGAUAUAUGUAAAGAUCACAACGGUACCAUCACGACCGUCGCUGGCUUCCUGCAGAGUCUCGGUUUGGAACAUCUACUCGAACUCUUCGAACGCGAACAAAUCACUUUGGAUAUAUUGGCAGAAAUGGGACAUGAAGAUUUGAAACAAGUUGGAGUAUCAGCUUAUGGUUAUAGGCAUAAACUAAUUAAAGGUAUGGACAAAUUGCUGAACACAGCAGCUGGCUCCCUUUGGCAGCCUUCCAUAAAUCCCGGAACAUUGUUAGUGGAUUUACUAGCAGAAGAUAAAGAAUUCUUGGCUGUUGAAGAGGAAAUGCAAAGUACUAUUAGGCAACAUAGAGAUAAUGGCCAUUCUGGCGGUAUUUUUUCACGAUAUAAUAUAGUCAGAAUACAAAAAGUUCAGAAUCGCAAGUUGUGGGAGCGUUACGCUCACAGAAGACAAGAAGUGGCUGAAGAAGUUGGUGCCGCUGCUCCCGCUUCUCCUAGUACUGGACCUAGGGGUAUUCCUAGUUCGACGGUAUCGCAAGCAAAUGAGAGAAUGUUGUUCCACGGCAGUCCAUUUAUCAACGCUAUCGUUCAAAAAGGUUUUGAUGAAAGACACGCAUAUAUUGGCGGAAUGUUUGGCGCCGGUAUAUAUUUUGCGGAACAUAGCAGCAAGAGCAAUCAAUAUGUUUACGGUAUAUGCGGUGGUACUGGAUGUCCUGCACAUAAGGACAGAAGCUGCUAUAUUUGUCACAGGCAUUUACUGCUCUGUCGAGUUACGCUCGGUAAAUCAUUUUUACAAUUUUCGGCAAUGAAGAUGGCACAUGCUCCUCCUGGUCAUCAUAGUGUAAUGGGUAGGCCGUCACAGGGCGGUUUAGUAUUUCCCGAAUACGUUGUUUACAGAGGCGAACAAGCGUAUCCAGAGUAUCUUAUCACGUACCAAAUCGCGAGACCUCAACAAGAAAGCGGUGGUAGUGACGGAGUUGAGGAACGGUGAUCGGAGCCGGGUCCCGCGGCGCGAUUGCGCAGCCUCUGUUGCUGUCAGAGACCGAGAGCAUGCAGCGCUUUGUCGCGGACGUAAAGUUGCUUCGUCUAACAUCAGUUCUUCCAUUUUUAACUGAUUAAAAUAGUAUUCGCGAAAUAUUGUGUGUAUAUGCAUGUAUACAUAUGUGUACAUGUGUACAUAUGUGAUCGAUACAUGCACCUAAAAUAUUUUAUUCCAAAAUAAUUCAUUCUUAUUAAAAGAAAGGAAAUGAUAGAAUGUAAUAGAUUUCUUCUAGCAUUUAAACCGAUACUAUUAGAGAUCAACCCGUUAGAUGGGAAGGAAUGAAUAUUAAUCGUGAUGUGUAUAUAUCGAUACAGAUUACAGUGUGUGUCUCUUACAUCAAAUUUGUAUCGAUUAGAGUGUGUUCCUAGGAUUAGUCAAUAUUAAAGAAAAUUACAAAAUAUUCGUAUACAUUUGUAUACGUGUAAAGAUUAAUUAAUUUAUAUUUCAACUGCAAAAGAUAAAGGUAAAAGCUAAUUUUGAUCUUGAAAGUAUACAAAAUCAUCGAAAAAUGUAAUUUACUCAUCGUCUCCGACACGAUAUAUAGUAAUUUGUAUAAAGUAAAUUUAUCUAUUUGAUAUGUACAUUAUAGGUAAAGUCUGCAAUGUGAUGAAAUAUAUAUUUAUAUGUACAAA